AUGGACUACGAAGCUCUCAAAGACCAGUGGAGCGAGGUCGAGGACCGUGAUGGCAUCAGACUAAGUUGGAACACAUUUCCAAGUACUCGCAUGGAAGCCUCCCGGCUUGUUGUACCCAUUGGAGCCCUCUACACCCCCUUGAAGGAGAAGCCGGACACACCGCUGCUACAAUAUGAGCCCAUCACUUGCAAGGCUCCUUGCCGAGCUGUGCUUAACCCCUUUGCGACUGUCGAUACAAGAGCUCGGUUAUGGAUAUGUCCCUUCUGUUUAUCCCGGAACGGACUGCCUGCUCACUACAAAGACAUCACACAAGAUAACAUACCCCCCGAGCUGCACCCAGCGAGCACGACGAUUGAGUAUAGGCUGGCACGACCGGCACCAGCCCCCCCACUGUUCGUCUAUGUUGUCGACACAUGUCAGGAGGAGGACAGCCUAAAGGCACUGAAAGACUCCUUGGUCAUGAGCCUCAGCCUUCUGCCGCCGAAUGCUCUCGUAGGAUUAAUAACGUUUGGAACGAUGGCGCAAGUGCACGAGCUUGGCUAUACCGAGUGCGCAAAGUCGUAUGUUUUCCGAGGGAGUAAGGAUUACGCAGCAAAGCAGGUCCAGGAGAUGCUCGGUCUAUCCAGUUCCAGCAUGCGCACCAAUGUACCUCCCCAGCCAGGCAGGCCUGCCCCAGUCAUGGGACCCACUGCGAGAUUCUUGCUGCCUGUCCAGCAGUGCGAAUUUCAACUCACAAAUGCUUUGGAGCAGCUUCAGAAGGACCCUUGGCCAGUAGCAAACGACAAACGUUCUCUGAGAUGUACCGGGGUCGCUUUGAGCGUAGCAGUGGGCUUACUCGAGACUUCAUUUCAAAAUGCCGGUGGCAGGAUUAUGUUGUUCGCUGGAGGACCAGCAACAGAAGGGCCUGGCCUCGUAGUAGGCCCGGAAUUACGUGAACCAAUACGAUCACAUCAUGAUAUUGAUCGGGAUAAUAUCAAAUACUACAAGAAGGCUCUGAAGUUCUACGACAAUCUUGCGAAGCGAGUAUCCCACAACGGUCAUAUCAUCGACAUCUUCGCAGGCUGUCUUGACCAGGUCGGACUUCUUGAGAUGAAAGGUCUUUCUAACUCCACUGGAGGUCACAUGAUUCUCACCGAUAGCUUUACCUCAUCGCAGUUCAAACAGUCUUUUGUCCGAGUCUUUGAUAAAGAUGCUUCAGAUAACCUGCUCAUGGGGUUCAACGCGUCGUUGGAAGUGUUAACGACCAAGGAGUUGAAGGUCACUGGCCUUAUAGGGCAUGCGGUGUCUCUCAACAAGAAGUCGAAUUCCGUGGGGGAGACCGAAUGUGGAAUCGGUAACACCUGCUCUUGGAAGAUGUGCGGUAUUGAUCCAACCGCCAGCUUUGGACUGUACUUCGAAAUUGCGAACCAAGGCGGACCAGCGCAACAUCAGCAGGGCCCACAAAAGGGCAUGAUGCAGUUUUUGACCUACUACCAGCAUUCUUCCGGCCAAUUCCACCUUCGGGUCACCACAGUGGCGCGCAACCUCAGUGGACCAGCUGGUGACCCGGCCAUAGCCCAAUCCUUCGAUCAGGAAGCUGCCGCCGUUCUCAUGUCCCGCAUUGCGGUAUUCAAAGCAGAGGUGGAUGACGGGCCAGACGUACUUCGAUGGGUAGACAGAAUGCUCAUCCGACUGUGUUCGAGGUUUGCAGAAUACAGAAAAGACGAUCCAUCAUCCUUCCGGCUCGAGAAGAACUUUACUUUAUACCCGCAAUUCAUGUUCCACCUUCGUCGCAGCCAUUUCCUGCAGGUAUUCAACAGUUCACCUGAUGAGACAGCAUUUUAUCGACACGUGCUCAACCAUGAAUACGUCGGAGACUCGUUGGUCAUGAUCCAGCCGACCUUAGAUUCUUAUACCUUUGAUCAAGAAGGCAGUGUGCCUGUCUUACUCGAUUCCGCUUCUAUCCAUCCGACACACAUCUUGCUUCUAGACACGUUCUUCCAGAUCUUGAUUUUCCAUGGCGAGACGAUGGCGGAAUGGAGGAAGGCAGGCUAUCAGGAUCAAGAAGGUUACGAAAAUUUCAAGAGCAUACUGGAGCAACCAAAGGAAGACGCAAGGGAAUUGGUGCAAGAUCGAUUUCCGUUACCUCGAUUUAUAAUUUGUGAUGCAGGCGGCUCUCAGGCCCGUUUCCUUCUUGCUAAGCUCAACCCAUCGACAACUCACACUACCAACAGUAACUACGGAAAUGGCAAUUCAACACAAACCAUCUUCACGGACGAUGUGUCGCUACAGAGCUUCAUGGACCAUCUGAUGAAGCUGGCCGUUUCAGGUACCAGCUGA